UGCUUUACUUCGGAACCCAGAAAAAGAAGGCAGAGAGUUUUUAGAGAUUAAAAAUAGGUGAUGAAUCUUAAAGAUUGGUGUGUGUGAUACAAUAAUGUUGUUGUUGUUGAUGAAAUUCCCUUUAUAUUAAAACCAACAAAGGCUGAUUUCUUCAAGAAGAAAGAUCCAAAAAGUGCUUCUUUGCUUCUGAAACCAAAAUGAAGACCAGGAAUUUGGUGUUGCUGAUGUUAUGUGUUACGGUUAUAGCUCCUAUUGUUCUUUAUACUGAUAGAUUCUCUGCCUCUUUCAAGGCUUCUUCUUCUAGAAACCAAUUUCUUGAAGAUCUUUCAGCUUUUACUGUCGGUGGUGAUGCCAGCCAUCUAAAUCUUCUUCCCCAGGAAUCUUCCACAACCCUUAAAGUACCCAUUGGAAUAGUUUUUUCAGAAUCAAGGGAGCAUAAAUUAGCUAGAGUUUUGUCUACAACAAAUGAUGUUGAUCGGUCUCAAACGGAUAGUAUCAUCAAACAGGUCACUGAUCUGAAUCAGAGUGAAAAUGAAAUCAAGAAAAGUUCUGGAGAUGCUGAGGACAAGAUUAAGGCAUCUGAGCAGCAGAAUUCUGAUAAUGACUCUCAAAAUAUGGAGGCACAGCAAAAACAAGAAUCCUCUCAAAACUCAGGCAACAUCGGUAAGAAAGAACCCAUAAACAUCAACAAUGGGAAACGGAUUGAAAAAACAGUUGUGCCAGAUGCUCGGGUACGUCAGCUUAAAGAUCAGCUCAUCAGGGCAAAAGUGUAUCUUUCACUUCCAGCCACAAGGAACAAUCCCAACUUUAUAAGGGAGCUCCGACUGCGGAUUAAAGAAGUUCAACGUUCUCUUGGGGAUGCAACCAAAGAUUCUGAUCUGCCAAAGGCUGCCUACGAGAAAUUGAAGGCAAUGGAACAAUCCUUGGCCAAGGGAAAGCAGAUUCAAGAUGACUGUGCUGUGGUUGUAAAGAAGCUUAGGGCUAUGCUCCACUCAACAGAGGAGCAGCUCCGUGUACACAAGAAGCAGGCUUUGUUUUUGACUCAGUUAACAGCAAAAACACUUCCCAAAGGCCUUCAUUGCCUUCCCUUACGCCUUACAACCGAGUACUAUACAUUAAAUUCUUCUCAACAGCAAUUUCCAAAUCAAGGAAAAUUAGAAGAUCCCCGGUUGUUCCAUUAUGCCCUUUUCUCAGACAAUGUAUUGGCAGCAGCUGUUGUGGUAAACUCUACCAUUACCAACGCUAAGCAUCCUGGAAACCAUGUUUUCCACAUUGUUACUGAUAGGCUUAAUUAUGCGGCCAUGAGAAUGUGGUUUCUAGUAAAUCCACCAGGCAGAGCUACUAUUCAGGUUCAGAACAUUGAAGAAUUUACAUGGUUGAAUGCAAGUUACAGUCCAGUUCUCAAACAGUUGGCUUCUCAAGCCAUGAUUGACUAUUACUUCAGGACACAUCGGGCAAAUUCUGAUGCAAAUUUGAAGUUCCGGAACCCAAAAUACUUGUCCAUCUUGAACCAUCUUCGCUUUUACCUACCUGAGAUCUUCCCAAAGCUCAACAAGGUGCUGUUCUUAGAUGACGAUAUAGUAGUUAAAAAGGAUCUUAGUGGACUGUGGUCUAUUGAUUUGAAGGGUAAUGUCAAUGGUGCUGUAGAGACUUGUGGAGAAACCUUUCAUCGGUUUGACAGAUAUCUCAACUUCUCAAAUCCUCUUAUUUCAAAGAAUUUUGAACCCCGUGCUUGUGGAUGGGCAUAUGGAAUGAAUAUCUUUGAUUUGGACGAAUGGAGGAGGCAGAACAUUACAGAAGUUUAUCACACAUGGCAGAAGCUGAAUCAUGACAGACAGUUGUGGAAAUUGGGAACACUCCCUCCUGGUCUUAUAACAUUUUGGAAACGCACAUAUCCCCUUGAUCGGAAUUGGCAUGUGCUUGGCCUUGGCUACAAUCCCAGUGUCAACCAGAGGGAUAUUGAAAGAGCGGCUGUUGUACACUAUAAUGGGAACAUGAAACCGUGGCUUGAGAUAGGUAUACCAAAAUACCGAAACUACUGGGCGAAGUAUGUAGAUUACGAUCAUCAAUAUUUGCGAGAGUGCAACAUCAAUCCAUAGAAUGAGCAUCACAGUUUCCUCAAAGUUUUCUCUAAAUUACCCAUGUUGGCCAUAGAUUUUUAUAGGUCUUCCUCUCUCAUUUAGGUGCUCUUGUUUGAAAGUAUAAGCUCCCAGGUUUUAUUCUUUUCUGUAUACAUUUUGAUUUUUUAU